GGGAUAAAAGAUAGGGGAUAAAAGAUAGGGGAUAAAAGAUAGGGGAUAAAAGAUAAGGGAUGCGGGAGCGCGGCCGGCAUUAGCCCUUGGGGAAGCUGUGGGAGCUGUCGGCCCGAGCCACGGCUGAGCCCGCCGCACGGGCAGCGAGGCGCUGCUCCUGCUCAGCCUGGCGGCCUCGCUCACUUCAUCCAUCCGUCCAUCCGUCCGCCCGUCCAUCCAUCCCGCUCUGUCCUGCACCCGCAGAGCGGGGCCUUCCCUGCCCGUCCGUCCGUCCGCCUCUCCUACCCCGUCACGCAGCUCCACCGAGCAGGGGCUUCAGGCCCGACAAGCGCCGUGCCAGCGGCGGCGUGUGGGUGAGGAAUGCUGAGAAUAUUGCACUGUAUAUGCUCACGAUGUGUUUUUGUAUGCUAUUCACACUGUGUGAAUAUUCCCACACUGGAGUAGGUUGCCCAGGGAGGUGGUGGAGUCGCCACCCCUGGAGGUGAUUUAAGAGGCGUCUGGGUCUGGUCCUGGGUGAUGCCGAAGUGUUUUAUUCACACAUCAUUUUUAAUAUGUAUUUUUUCCUCCAUUUAUAGGACCAGGAAACAUCCUUGUUAUGGUGGAAUCAGCUGGUAGUGAGGAAUUUUUUCCCCCCGAUCCUCUAGGUGUUAUGGUGGCUGCCUUUCUAGGGGGCACAAUGUAAUGUGUCCAGACUUUUCUGUAAAAUAAGCUUUGAAGAGAUCAAAAAUGGCAAUGGGCUCUUGUGACAGUUGCUUGGUUAAAUAAGAUCUCCUAAAGAUAACAUUCUUUAAUAUCCAAAGAUGACAGCUGUUGCAGUGCUAGAGGAGGUGCUGGUGUCCAUUGAGAAUGAGCUGCAAGCAGUGGAGAUGCAGAUACAGGAGCUUGUGGAUAAGCAGCAGGAACUCCUUCAAAAGAAGAUGAGAGUGAAGAAUCUGAUAAAACAGUCCUCAGGAGACUUGGAGGCAGGUGGAAGUAAAGACACUGAAACCUCAGCUGAGGAAUGGAACAAAAAAGAUUUUCCUUGGUAUGAGAAGAUAAAAACUUCACUGCAGAGCAAAUUUAAACUCCAGAAGUUUAGAUCACUGCAACUUGAAACAGUAAAUGCUGCAAUGGCAGGGAAGGAUAUAUUUCUUGUCAUGCCUACUGGUGGUGGGAAGAGCCUUUGUUACCAAUUACCAGCUGUCUGUUGUGAUGGUUUCACCCUGGUGAUAUGUCCUUUGAUCUCUCUCAUGGAAGAUCAGCUCAUGGUGUUGGAACAGCUUGGUAUCUCUGCAGCUUUAUUAAAUGCCUCAAGCAGCAAGGAACAUGUGAAGUGGGUGCACACGGAAAUGCUGAAGAAGAAUUCCCAGCUGAAGCUCAUUUAUGUGACCCCAGAGAAGAUUGCAAAGAGCAAAAUGUUCAUGUCCAAGCUGGAGAAGGCUUACCAGGCUGGGUGCCUGGCUCGCAUCGCUGUGGAUGAGGUGCACUGCUGCAGUCAGUGGGGCCACGACUUCAGGCCUGAUUACAAGUCUCUUGGUAUCCUGAAAAGACAGUUUCCCAAUACUCCCUUGAUUGGAUUGACAGCAACAGCUACCAAUCAUGUUUUAAAGGAUGCUCAGAACAUUUUGCACGUUCAGAAGUGCAUUACCUUUACUGCUUCCUUCAACAGGCCCAACCUUUACUAUGAGGUUCGGCAUAAGCCUUCAAAUAAUGAAGAUUUCAUUGAGGACAUAGUGAAGACCAUUAAUGGAAGAUACAAAGGACUGUCAGGAAUUGUUUACUGCUUUUCUCAGAAGGAUUCUGAGCAAGUUACUGUGAGUUUGCAGAAACUGGGAAUCAAGGCAGGGACUUACCAUGCAAACAUGGAUGCUAAAUAUAAAACCAAAGUUCAUAAAGGAUGGGCAACAAAUCAAAUCCAGGUUGUAGUGGCAACUGUUGCUUUUGGCAUGGGAAUUGAUAAACCUGAUGUGAGGUUUGUAAUUCAUCACUCUAUGAGCAAGUCCAUGGAAAACUACUACCAAGAGAGUGGACGUGCAGGUCGAGAUGACCAAAAAGCUGACUGCAUUUUGUAUUAUGGGUUUGGAGAUAUAUUCAGAAUUAGCUCAAUGGUGGUGAUGGAAAAUGUUGGCCAAGAGAAGCUGUAUGACAUGGUAUCUUAUUGCCAAAAUAUGAACAAGUGUCGCCGGGUGCUCAUAGCCCACCACUUUGAUGAAGUGUGGGAUUCUGCAAACUGCAACAGAAUGUGUGAUAACUGCUGUAGAGAGAAUGCGUGUGAGAAGAUGGAUGUAACAGGAUACUGCAGGGAUCUAAUAAAGAUCCUUGAGCAAGCAGACAGCAUGAGUGAGAAACUCACCCCUCUGAAAUUAAUUGAUGCCUGGUCUGGGAAAGGUGUGUCCAAAUUCAGGGUGCCUGAAGUUACUCCACCCAAGCACCCUCGAGAGGAGCUGGAGAGAAUUAUUGCCCAUUUACUGCUGCAGCAGUAUCUGAAGGAGGAUUUCAGCUUCACAGCCUUUGCCACAAUAUCCUACCUGAAGGUGGGACCCAGAGCCCGGCUGCUGAAGAACGAGGGCCACGUCAUCACCAUAGAGGGGAUAACAAACAGCAAAAGGGUUUCCAAGGUCAAACCAUCUCAAUCUUCAAAUUCAAAAGGAAGCAGAGAAGAUGCCCAGUCUGGAUCAAAGACUGUCCAGGAUUCAGUGGUGAAGAAAUCACAGGAACAUAAACGGGCCAGCUGUGGCCCUAACUUAAAAGCAAAGAAGCCUAAGCUUCAGGCAGGUGCAAAUGACCAACCAGUAGUUAUUGACUGAGUGUCACAGACCACAUUUAGGAUCUAAUCAUGGUUGCUGCUCCAUGGACAAUGCAGUGUGUAAGUUCAGAUUGUGCUUUAGUAAUGGUAUUUUUAUUUUUUUUUUUUAAUAAACACUGAACAGGGAACCUAGAAGGCUAGUAGAAGAUGAAAAAGUGUUUCAUAUCAAAAUAACUGGUGUGUAUCUUAGGAUACAGCAAUGAUUACAAAACCUCUCUAAUGAC